AUGGCUCCGCGAGAACUCAGUGGCAUCCUAGUGGCAUUGGUAACAACCUUCACUGAUGAUGGAAAGAAAGUACAUGAAGGAAGACUACAAACACAUAUCAAUCGAAUGGUUGAGGCUGGAGUCCAUGGCCUCGUGCCUGGCGGCACAACAGGCGAAUUCACAGCCAUGACACUCGAUGAACGAAAUAACGUCUUGGAGCUCGUCAUUAAAUAUGCAGCAGGAAGAAUUCCUGUAGUAGCUGGCGUAGGCGCCCUAUCGACGUGGGAAUGCGUCGACCUAGCGACGCAUGCGGCCAAGGCUGGAGCUGAUGCACUCAUGUUGGUCCCACCGUUCUAUGACCCAGUCAACUACCAGCAACUACGAGAACUCAUGAAGGAGGUACAUGAAGCGGCAAAGCUGCCCAUCAUGUUCUACAACAUCCCCUCUGCCAGUGGCAUUACACUCUCCCCUACCGAGCUAGCCUCCCUCUCCGAAGUGGGCGUUUACUACAUGAAGGAUACGUCUGGCAACGCGCCGGCACUGACAGAGCUCCUCUUCGAGCUCGAUAACAAAAUCACGGCUUUCAACGGCUGGGACACACUCACUUUCUACGGCCUCGCUGCAGGCGCCAAGGGUUCCGUAUGGGGUGCCACCAAUAUCAUCCCUGAGCUCUCCGUGGAGUUAUGGGACAUGUUAGCCGUUCAAGGUGAUCUCAAGGGCGCGCGCAAGCUGUGGAGGAAAAUCUUUCCCAUUUGCAAGUUCCUUGAGAGCCACAAUUACCCAUCGGCGGUUAAGACGGGCAUGGAGCUGCGAGGGUGGGAGACGGGCGGUCUGCGGAAGCCGUUUGAUUUGCUUGCGAAGGAGUAUACGGAGGAGCUGAAGCGAUAUUUGGGCACAGCAGGGGUUCAGACGGUUAAGGGCAGGUGGUCUACCAAUGGCGCGUGA